AUGGAUAAUUUCUGGGUGCUUAUAAAUAAAAAACUCAAUAACGAAAAAUUUGAAUGCAUAGAGGUUAGCGAAUUAUUCAUAUUAACUGCUGAUGAGGUGACCCAGCACAUGAAGAAAUAUAUAAGUUCAACUACUACCAGAGUUACCAAGAGAUUUUUGGACAGAUAUGAAACAAGCCCAUCAAAACGGUUAACAAAAAUAAAAUCAAGCAUCGAAAAUGACAAAAAUGAGACACACAUUCAAGAGGCAAUUGAAAACAAUCCAUUUUUAGCAUCCGAGGAUGAGAAGCACGAAUCGCCAUGUUAUACAGCUGAAGAACAAAAUGAAAUCCAAGAUGCAAUCAAAAAAUUGCUAGAGGUCGAUCAUUCUUUUGCAGCAUCUAUGAUGCGAUUCUCAGAUGUUAGAACUACAAAUGAAUUACGAAAGAUUUUAGAAGAAACUUCCUUUAAAGAUAGGAAUGAGCCUUAUGAUUGA